AUUAUAAUUAAAUUUUUGUCAUUACUUUCAAUAUCGCUAUCCGGUCUUGGCCUCAUUUCGAAUUUUCUUCCCAUUAUCAUAUCAUCAAUCCCAAUAGUUCUAGCUCGGCUUCAAUAACACUAUCGUCAUGUCUCAGACAGUUGAGCUUAAGGUUGCCAUGUCAUGUCAAGGCUGUGUCGGAGCAGUGAAGAGGGUUCUUGGGAAGACGGAAGGUGUUGAGUCAUUCGACAUUGAUUUGGAGAGUCAAAAGGUGACCGUGAAAACCAAUAUCCCACCCGAAACUGUUCUUCAGGCUGUUUCGAAGACUGGGAAGGCAACCUCGUUCUGGGAGGCGGGCGAGCCAGGAUCGAAGUCCACAUAGGCGUGUUGCAAGGGUUGGACAACAUGGGAAUAUUAUGUUUUUGAGCACAUUUAAGUCAUAAGUAGAAUCUUCUUGCAACCAUGGGAAUACCUUCAUUUUCUUGUAUGUAAAGAUUAUAUUUGUCUCUUUAAUUUAAUUCAUGCAAGGACAACGUCAAACAACCGAUGGCUGGACAUAUGCCUAAUUUGGGGAUGUGAUUAUAUGUUGAAAUUGAAUAAAUUUAUUUGGUAGUAUUGAAUACGAUAUGUUUAUGGAUUUGAGAUA